AUGUCGGACGACAUUGAAAAACAAAUCGUCGAACAGGGAACCGAAGUGCGUCGUCUGAAGGAAGACAAGAGCAGUACUCAAGUAAGAUUUGUGGAUUCUGUUUUUUUUUUCAAAUUCAUUUAUUCGUUUUAUAGGCUGCUAAAGAUGAGGCCAUUGCUAAGCUUUUGGCUUUGAAGCUCUCCUACAAGGAGGCCACCGGAAAGGAUUAUGCUGCUCCAGGUGCAAGACAGUCCAAGCCAAAGAAGGAGGAGAAGCCAAAACAGCAGAAGCAACAGGAGAAGAAGCUAGACGGAAAGAAGGUGACAAAGCUCGGAAUUGAGACGAGCAAGGACGAAAACUACUCUGAAUGGUACAGUGAGGUCAUCACCAAGGCCGAAAUGAUCGAGUACUACGACGUCUCCGGAUGUUACGUGCUCAGACCAUGGUCUUAUGCCAUCUGGGAAUCCAUUCAACAAUGGUUCGAUUCGGGAAUCAAAAAGCUUGGAGUCAAGAACUGCUACUUCCCAAUGUUUGUUUCCAACGCGGCUCUCGAACGUGAGAAGACCCACAUAGCUGAUUUUGCCCCAGAAGUCGCUUGGGUUACGCGUGCGGGAAACUCCGAAAUGGCAGAGCCAAUCGCCAUUCGUCCAACUUCCGAGACUGUCAUGUAUCCAUCUUACAAGAAGUGGGUCCAAUCCCACCGCGACCUGCCAAUCAAGCUCAACCAAUGGUGCAAUGUUGUUGUAAGCAUAAUCUAAAAUAGAUAUUUCUCUAAAAUCAUCUGAUUUGCAGCGUUGGGAGUUCAAGCAUCCAACUCCAUUCCUCCGUACUCGCGAGUUCCUCUGGCAGGAGGGACACACCGCGUUCGCCAACCCAGCUGAUGCCGAGAAGGAAGUCUUCCAGAUUCUGGAUCUCUAUGCCGGAGUCUACACCGACCUGCUCGCCAUUCCAGUCGUGAAAGGAAGAAAAAGUGAGAAGGAAAAGUUUGCCGGAGGAGACUUCACCACUACCGUCGAGGCUUACGUGGCCUGCAACGGAAGAGGAAUCCAGGGAGCGACUUCCCAUCAUUUGGGACAGAACUUCUCGAAGAUGUUCGACAUUUCAUACGAAGAUCCGGUCAAUGGAGAGAAAGCGUUCGCGUGGCAGAACUCGUGGGGACUUUCCACUCGCACCAUCGGAGCCAUGGUCAUGAUUCAUGGAGACGACAAGGGACUCGUUCUCCCACCACGUGUGGCUGCCGUUCAGGUCAUUAUUAUUCCUGUCGGAAUUACUGCGAAGACGACUGACGAGAGCAAGAAGAAUCUGUACGACACUGUCGAGAAGGUUACUCAAAGUCUUCUCGAUGGCGGUCUAAGAGCAGAAAAUGACACGAGGUUCGUAAGAAAAAUGAUUGAGUUGAGAUUUAAAAAAAAUUACAGAGACAAUUAUUCUCCGGGAUGGAAGUACAACCAUUGGGAGCUGAAGGGUGUCCCAAUCCGGUUUGAGAUUGGCCCCAACGAUUUGGAGAAACAACAAGUGACUGCCAUAAUCCGUUUCAACGGAGAGAAAAAACAACUUCCUUUGGAUGGAAUUGCUGGUUCCGUUAAGAGUCUUCUCGAUGAGAUCCACACUCUGAUGUACAACAAGUGAGUGAACACUUUCAAUCGAGGAUCUAAGUUUCUGUUCAGGGUUCUCUCUGGCCGUGACGCUCAUCUGAAGACCACCACGGAUCUCGAGGAGUUUAAAAAGCUGCUCGAUGACAAGUGCAUUAUUCUUGCUCCAUUCUGCGGAGGAAAGGACUGCGAAGAAGAGAUCAAGAAGGCGUCGACGAGAGAAGACGGAGAGGGUGCUCAGAUGGGAGCCAAGACUCUCUGCAUUCCAUUGGAACAGCCGAAGCAGGCAUUGCCUGCCAAGUGUCUUUUCCCAUCGUGCACUGAAGCUCCAAAGUUCUUUGCUUUGUUCGGAAGAAGUUACUGA